ACAAACCUUGCCGUCGCUCAAUUGGGAUCAGUGAAAGAGAAAAAAAUUGUUGGUGGCCCGUGCUGCGACUCGAUAUCGACAAAUUUACCUUCGGGUUGGUGUUUUAGAUCAACUCUCUUAAUGUUAAAACUGUUAUAGGAAAACGUCGCGCACAAUGGGGGAGCAACCAAUUUUCACUUGCAACGCUCAUGUGUUCCACAUAGAUCCCAAAACCAAACGCACAUGGAUAACAGCAAGCUCGAAGGCCAUCGCUGUUAGCUUUUUCUACGAUUCCUCUCGCAAUCUCUACCGAAUUAUCAGUGUUGAAGGGAGCAAGGCUGUUAUCAACUCAACUAUUACUCCGAACAUGACCUUUACCCAAACGUCCCAAAAGUUUGGCCAAUGGAGUGAUGUACGUGCCAACACAGUUUACGGGCUUGGCUUUGCCUCGGAAGCGGAGCUUGGUAAGUUCAUCGUAAAGUUUCAAGAAGUGAAGGAAGCCACGAAGGAUGCGCUAAACAAAGCGUCGGCCAACGGCAAUUCUGCUGCUGCAUCGGCCAACGCAUCGCCUAUUACGGCCCGUGCAUCGGCCAACAGUGGCGAUAUUUUCGAAUCCGGAAACUUGGAACCACCGCUGGCACCGGCAAGUAGCAUUUCAACGAGCUGUAAAACGGACAGUCCAUCGCAUAACAAUAUCACUGAGACGAAUGCUAACAAUCUGAACAAUGAACUGAAGCAAUUGUCAAUUAACAAUUCCGCAUCGAAUGAUGGCACGGUAACUUCAACAUCGGAACAGCAACUAAAAUACGAGAACGAAAGAUUGAAGCUUGCCCUAGCACAAAGCUCUGCCAAUGCUAAAAAAUGGGAGAUCGAGUUGGCAACACUGAAGAGUAACAACCUACGAUUAACGAGCGCGUUGCAGGAAUCAACGGCAAACGUAGACGAGUGGAAGCGGCAACUGCACUCGUAUAAGGAAGAAAAUCAAAGAUUGAAAUUACGCUACCAGGAUCUGGAAGCAGGCAAGGGUGGAGUUGUGCCUGCGGCUGGUGGAGGUACGAGUGCUGCCGGUAUAGCUUCGAACGAGCUAACAGAAGAGCUGCGACGUGAGAUUGUGUCGCUAAAGUCCCGGAUUGAAGGGCUGGAAGCCGAACUCAUGAAUCAGGAAAUGGAACUAAAGGCAGCGAACAAGACGCUCAAAGAUAAGCAAAACGAUCCUACGUUAAAACAGAUGACUAAUCUGUGCAGCCAGUUCAAUGCACAAAUCACUGAACUAAGCGGUAUUCACAAGGAGAUGGAGAAGCUGAUUCAGGCCCAGCACAAAUCUACUUGAGAUAUGAGUGUGCCAAAAGCAACAUCGGUGGCCAUUAGCAGUAAUAGCUCGACCGCAGAAUCUCCUUUCUCGCCGUUGGUCGAAGGCGGUUGUUGUAAUCCGGGGAGCAUGAAGGAUGCAUCUCUUCCAGGUAAAAGUGUAGCUACAACUAAUAGUAUUUUCAACUACCGUUCCAACAUUAAUAAGAUACCACCAACGGGAAAGCAAGAGGAAACCAACGCACUUCCUGCAGCAAACAUGGCAGCGAAAGGAUCAGUUUCACCGGACAAGCACCUGUCCCACAGCAGUAUUAGUGGUGCGGCGCUGACCGGUGGAACCAGAACAGGAGGGUCCACGAUUGUUUUAAUCAGCACUAAAAUAAGUAACCCAUCUGCAGUGAAGCUGGGACCGACGACAGUGGGGGCAACGAUAAAAACGACCGGAACGUUGUACAAUAUUCCUUCUUCCUCCCCCACUGCUACUGCUGCUGCUAAUAUCGAUCAUGACGACGAUAAUCGCAUCAAGCUGUCGAUGAUUUGUCAAGACGAAACAGCCAGCGCUACCCGCGACGAGGUAAACGGUCCGUCUGAGAUGCAAUCCACCAGCAAAACCGCAACCAUACUGGUGUCGAAGCACAAGACCAAAACCGGACUACCGUUGCUGUUGAAAAAAUCAAAAAAGUAACACCUUUUGUCCCCAAAUUGCUUCUACAAGCAUAGCCAACAAAACGAACGUUUGAACAUGGAUGAAAAUCGGUGGCGGAUUCUUUUGGAACGCACCGGUAUCAGUUGGGCUGUUGCAAGAUACUAUUUUAAUUUUAAUCAUUUAGGUUUUUUAUGUUACUUUUUAAGCUUUCUUAAUACGGUGUUUAGCUCACACUUUUUUAUCAUUUGACGUAUGGUCCGAACAGUGGACUUGGAGCGGUGCAAUUCUCGCAAAGUAGAAUCAAAUGGAACCGAACAACUCAAACACAAACAGUGCAAAUUUUAUAAGUAUUAUAAUUUUAUACGGUAAUGAUUUUAAAACGUGUACAUUAAGGCAAACAUUUUAUUUAAAUUAUUUUGUUACUAUCACAAUCGAGUAACACUUUCUGCUUUUCGACGUACACAUUCCACGAACAGCCAUGAAGAUUGCCAAUAUUUUACCUCUAACUUUAAGGAGCAUUCCAAAAAGAUCCUUACCCAACAACCCAUUCUGCUUACUUUCCGUUGCUGCCCCUACAGUGGGGGCUUUUCUGAAGAUCGAUACCACGAACCGUUACAGUACCGUUAAAGAAGAACGCCAAAGAUGUUUAUGUGUUAAGUUUUUUUUUAUUUUCACCACCACUCGAAACACGGUCGCGUAGGAUGCGGGGCACAGUCUGUCAACUGCAUUAAUCAUGGUUAGUGGAAUAAUAUAGUUGGAUUGUAUUUUAUUCAUGCAUGCAUCAUACACGAAACGUAAGCUUCAAAAACAAAUACACACGUUCCCCCUCGCAAGCCAGCCGCCAGUACGUUUUUAAAAUUCCAACAGAAAAGGUAUAUAAUAGCGAAAUGAUGAUCAAAAUGUAGAUGAUAGUGAUGCUAACGAAACAGUAUAGAGAAAGGGAGAAUGAGAGGCGUGCGGGGAGCGAGUUUGCUAUAUGAGAGAAUCGUUGAUCAAGGAACAGUAAUUGAACAUAGAGUUUAAUAGGAAAGAUCGAACCGAACCCCAUCGUGGUGCGGGAAGAGUAGGAAAAAAGCUAUAGCAGUUGUUAAAAUGAUACACUCUACUCUUGCGUACGUAAACCCCUAAUAGAAGUUCUGCCUAUUACUGUGGUACAAUUUAUCUCCAUUUAUUACUAACUAAUCUUAUGAUGGAACACACGGAUCACAUAAGCCGGGUAUUGCUUAGAAGCCACUGCACCCCACACCAUGGGAUGAUUGGAUGUGAGAUGCGCUAGCGGAUCCUGCAACCGUAAACGUUCGGCAGCACACACCGCAUUCGGAGAAUACGGUUCCAAUCUACCAUUUGUUCAGUUCAGAUUCUUUCUCACGGAUCGAUAUGCAACCGACUGUUCGAUCCGAUCCAAAUCUGUAUCGGCUCUUACAGAAUCUCGCUGCGAAUGGUUUGGGGCUGCAAUUAAUGCUGCUAAUUAGAUGUUUGCAAUGUCUAGUGAAACAUACAGUCGUUGCGUGCGGCAAGCCGGCAAAAGCUCGAAUGCUAGAGUGUGUUGAUGAGAAGAUCCCAUUUAUAAGGUAUUACUACUACUUAGCGGAAUGUGAAUCUGAAUGGACAGACAAGAAUCUUGAGCAUAUACAUAUAUUAUAUAUACAUACAUAGAUAUGAAAGCAAAACGCGCACAAAACCAUACCGAGUUAGUUUGUGUAAACACGUCAGCCUCAACUCCUGCUACUCAAUGUGAUACGUUAUCAGUAUCCUUUGCGACGGCUCAACAACCCCAUACACCACUGAUUUUAUGCCUAUUAUCAUAGCGUUGAAUACACGGAUACGGGGAGGGAGAGUGGGGGAAAGGAUAGAGAAUCAUAAAUGGAAAUUUUUUGCGUGUUCAAGAUGAAUGCUAGGAGUCUUACGAAAGCAUGUUACAGCCAAGAAAAUAUUUAAAUACAUACACAACCUUUACUCCCUUGGGACGACAUACACUCACACACACACACACGCGAACACACGCGAACCACACUAUUGGAUGAGGAAACCCCAUAUUAAAAUUAAUGACACUAGGGAACUCUGGUAUAUAUAAGUAAACAAACAAACAAACGAAAACUAUGUUAUUGAUAAUGCGCAAAUACUCCUUUUUACAAUAAAUCGAAAACCUGUUUGUCUACAGUAUGUGAAAAAGCGCAA